GGAUCAGUGGAUCAGUCUUCUCCUUCUGUUUCAUCUUCUAGUUUUACUCACUGUAACUUGUUAGUUGAAAUUUUUAAAUCUCUGUGUAGUUGUAUCUCAUCGCAGGGAGGUUUGAUGUUUAUAGGUUUAAGAACUUGUUCUUGGAAUGAUUUUCUUUGUCUUAUAUAAAGAUCUAGUUAAGUGGUUUAUACUCCAAUUGUGUGAUUAAAAUGAAAAAAAAAUCAUUUUCUAUAUAAAUAAUUAUAUUAGCACAGAUGCUAUUUGAUAGCAGUACCUGUAUUUUUGGUGAUGAAAUAACAAAAGAUGGAGAUAAACCAAAUGCCAUCCUGUGUAUUAUUGAACCGUGUUGUCUGGAGCUUCCUUGUGCUCUCCAACAAACCCUCCGCCCACUCCUGAAUUUUUGGACCAAUCACGUGCCUGCCUCUACACCUCUUCUGCCUAUCAACCCGAGCUCCUCCCACCGAUUGACGUAAGAGCCAGUCUGAAAGUGCAAUGGCGAUACUGGACAAUAACAGCUGUCGCUUCUGGGGACCACGUCUCUAUUAUGUGACUAAGCCUGAUGAAAACGCGUCCCCUCGGCUGCAGAAACGUGUGUAACAGCGGCACCGCGCACGAGCGUCCGGCUGAGAGCGGAAGAAGCCUUUUCACAACCUUUGACCACGAUGACAGUUUAGACUGAAGACGCUGGUGCAACGUGUGAAUAGACACCAUGGCCACGCAGGAACCGUCCCCUCCUUCAUCCAUGGAGAGCAACAAACCAGGCUUCCCCAAGAAGAUUCUGGGCAACAAGCUGGAGGACAAGCAUCUGUGCAACUGCUGCCACAACAUACUCAGACGCCCAUUUCAGGCCCAGUGUGGACACAGAUUCUGUUCUUACUGCUUCAACAGGACUGUCAGUAAUGGACCCCAGAAAUGCAAUGCCUGUAUCAAGGAGGAUAUAUUUGAGGACCCCACAUCAAUACUGAAACAAGGAUGUGCUUUUCCAGACAAUGCAGUUCGAAGGGAAGUUGAAAGCCUAUCAGCUGCUUGCAUUAAUGAAAACUGCACAUGGAAAGGCAGUAUUAAGGAGUAUGAGAUGAGCCACGAGGGACAUUGCGAGUUCAUGAUCAUCCCCUGCCCCUCCUGUAAGGAAUGCAUUCGCUUCAACGAACAGGAGCGCCAUAAUGAGCGCGAGUGUCCGGAGAGAACGCUCAACUGCAAGUACUGCAAGGAGCCAUUUCACUUCAAAAACAUCAAGGCCCAUGAUGAGAUCUGCCCCAAGUACCCGAUGAUCUGUGAAGGCUGUGCCAAGAAGAAGAUCCCCAGAGAAAAGUACGUGGACCACAUUAAGUUUUGCAGUAAAUUCAGGACUCCAUGCCGAUUUCAUGUGGUUGGAUGUGACAUGUCUGUGGAGAAGGAAAAGAUUCACGACCAUGAGCGAGCUUACGCCUACGAACACCUGAAUCUGCUGCUGCACUACAUUAUGGGCAUGAAAGUCAGCAUGGAGGGCCUGCAGCCCCAGGGACUGGAAGUAGCCGGACACAAACUAGUUGAACUUCAACAGUCCCUCAGGGAGCUGGAGGCCAGAGUCUCCCAGCUCAGCACCACCUCCUCUGGGCCUCCCGUGCAGGGAGCCGUCGCCUCCACUUCAUCCUCCAGCGCUGGUCCCUCUGGUCCAUCCACUUCAGCUCCUCUCCCUCCACCUCCAACACUGGCUCCCACUCUGUCUGUGUCUACCUCCUUUACACCUUUGCCCAGCUCGGUAGGAGCGGCGUUAGAGCUCCAGCUCCACAGUGAGAAGACCAAGGUGGCGGAGUUGGGACGCAGGUGCUCGGAACUGGAAGUCAAGUCCAGCACUUUUGAAAAUGUGGUUUGUGUCCUGAACAGAGAGGUGGAAAGGUUCGCCACCACCAUGGAGGCUAGCAACCGCCAGCAUAAACUGGACCAGGAUAAGAUCGAGGCCCUUAGUAAUAAGGUGCGACAGCUGGAGAGGACAGUGGGCCUGAAGGACCUGACGGUUGCUGAGAUGGAGGGUCGCCUGCGGGAAAUGGCGGCCACUACCUUUGAUGGCGUCUUUGUUUGGAGGAUUUCUGAUUUUGGCAAAAAGAGACAGGAUGCCAUUGCUGGUCGGGCCCCCGCUAUGUUCUCACCAGCCUUCUACACCAAUAAGUAUGGCUACAAGAUGUGUCUGCGCAUCUAUCUGAACGGCGAUGGGACGGGGCGUGGCAGCCACUUGUCCUUGUUCUUUGUGGUGAUGAGGGGACAGAGUGACGCUCUGCUCAAAUGGCCCUUCAACCAGAAGGUGACUCUGAUGCUGCUGGACCAGAGCAACAGGGAGCACAUCAUCGACGCCUUCCGACCCGACGUCACCUCCUCCUCCUUCCAGAGACCUGUGAGCGAAAUGAACAUCGCCAGUGGCUGUCCGCUUUUUUGUCCACUCUCCAAGCUCGACGGCAAGAAUUCUUACAUACGUGAUGACACUAUUUUCAUCAAGGCAAUCGUGGACCUCACUGGUCUCUAGGUGGUCUACAGGGUGGGACAGUUUGGAAUCAGGC